CACACAACCUUCAGUCACUGAUCACAUCCCAGUUUGCUGAAAUGCACCAGAUUCUCACUGAUAAAGAGGAGCGCUUGCUCUGAGAUGUCCGGGAAGAAGUGGAGAAGAUUGUAAAAACAAUGGAGAAAAAUCUUCAAGAGGUACAAAAUAAUUUAAAUUCCAUUCGGGAGGAACUCUCAAAGCUACAGGAACAGAUAGACCUCAAGGACGACCUGAUAUUUCUGAAGGAGGAAGCUGGUCGCAACACAUGGGUUUGUGAUGAAGCCAAACCAAUGUCGGUGGUGGAUGGCGCGCUGCCAAUUGAAAAGUUUGAUCACACCUUUUUCUUCAACAUUGCAUUGAAAGAACAUUUUGAUAUCAUCAAACGAGUCUCCGUCACCUUGGAUGUGGAAACAGCGCAUCCGGAGCUCGAGUUGUCUGAGGAUCAGAAGGGUGUGAGAUGUAUCCGGACCCGGGGGAGUCUCCCAGACACCAGGAAGUGGAUUACCCGCAGUUCGUGUGUGCUGGGAUCAGGUUCAGCAGCAGCCGUGGGCAGCGGGUCCUGAGCUCCAGUGUCCUAAAGUCCGCAGUCAGAGAAGAGAUAGCGUGUUUGCAGGA